UACCUUUCGGGCGGAACUGUUGAGAGCGUGUGUCGCUGUUCCCCCACGGACCUGAGGAAUUCCCAGACAUGGCAACUUGCACGCGGACUGUGUGGAAAGUUUUAGCAGGAUGUCAGAGGCACCUGCUCAGCAGCGGUGGUCCGACCUACACCGGAGUCAAACAAACCGCACAGAGGAAUCUCCCCGUCCGGACGUUCGCCGCUGUCAGGGCGCAGAAGAAAGACAAGAAGCCGGACGCGGAGAAGGAGGAGAAGAAGAAGAGAGAGAAGCGGGUCAUCGAUGACACAAACAGACACAAGCCCUUCGGCAAGACGGCGUGGGCGCCCGUGGACGACGUGUACGUUCUGCGGCACUACCCCAGGACCAUCCUCGACGCGGCCGACGCCGUCGACAUGCUGAAGAACUUCCAGGCUCUGGACUUCACCGACCGCGAACAGCCCGUCUACGUGGACCUGAAGCUGGACAUGAAGCUGGAGAAGAAGAAAAAAGUGGACCUGUUCGUCAGCACCGUGCACCUGCCUCACCCCUUCAAGACGGGGCUGAACAAAGUUUUGGUCUUCACAGAGGAUGCUGAUCAGGUGAAAGUCGCCCAGGAGAACGGAGCGUUCGUCGUCGGAGGAGCGGAGCUCAUCCAGCCGAUCUUGGACGACGAGAUUUCAGCCGACUUCUACGUGGCGGUUCCAGAAAUCCUGCCGAAGCUCACGGCUCUGAAGAACAAACUGAGGAAGAAGUUUCCAAAGAGCAAGAGAGGCUCCGUCGGCGUGAACCUUCCCAAAAUGUUGAAUCUGUUCAGAAGCGGACACGAGUACCUGGUGGAGGACGAGCGAUACGUCAGGACGCAGUUCGCCACGCUCGACAUGCCUAAAGAUCAAAUCCUGUCCAACCUGCAGACCGUCCUGAUCGACGUCUGCUCCCACCGACCUGCCAACAUGGGACCGUUCAUCGAACGAGCGAUCGUCUCCAGUCAAACCAGCGAAGCUCUGUGGUUCAGGAGCGAAGGCGUUUUGCCGAAACCAGCCGAGAAGAAGGACGAGGACGAAUGAGACGUGUGUCCGAUCGUGUGUAUAUAAAUAUAUAUAUAUGUCGUCAGUUGUGCUGAAUAAAGUGUUUGUUCUCCUGA